GCACGCACCCGCGCGCCUGCAUCUCGUGCUCUUUCCCUGGCCGACACACAGGCGCUCAGGAGUCUUUCGUAGUCAGCCCGCAGGGCAGCGACCCCCUCAGCCCAGCCCCAGGGCCCGCCCCUGGCAAGCCGCUGCUUCUCUCUCGACAGCUCCUCCGCGGCCUCCGUCGCAGCCACCUGGGCCCGACGCUUUGGCCGCUGCUGCUGCUGUCGGGACCUGGAAGACCCAAGAGGUGCCCGGUGGAGACAGGCGAACGGUACCCAUAGGAUAUUGGACAUACAGAUCCAGGAUUCAUUAAGACUCUGUCACCUUGAGCCAAGGAUUUAUUUGAUACCCUCCUCCAUCUUUUAUUCAUACCAAUUAACAUAUUUCAAAAAAGAAUUAACACAUUUACCAUAAGGGAAUUAAAAAAAAAAUAGUACUACCCACACUUUCCAAUGCCGAAGAAUAGCAAGGUGGUAAAAAGAGAAUUAGACGAUGAAGUUAUUGAGUCUGUCAAAGACCUUCUUUCCAAUGAAGACUCAGCUGAUGAUGCUUUUAAGAAGAGCGAACUAAUUGUUGAUGUUCAGGAAGAGAAAGAUAUAGAUGUUGAAGAGGAAUCUGAAGUUGAAGAUGAAAGACCAGCUUGGAACAGUAAGCUACAAUACAUCCUGGCCCAAGUUGGAUUUUCUGUAGGUUUAGGAAAUGUGUGGCGAUUCCCAUACCUAUGUCAGAAGAAUGGAGGUGGUGCAUAUCUUUUGCCAUAUUUAAUACUGCUACUGGUAAUAGGUAUUCCCCUUUUUUUCCUGGAACUCUCUGUGGGUCAAAGAAUUCGGCGAGGAAGCAUUGGUGUAUGGAAUUACAUAAGCCCUAAACUGGGUGGCAUUGGAUUUGCAAGUUGUGUGGUGUGCUUUUUUGUGGCUCUCUACUACAAUGUCAUCAUUGGCUGGAGUUUGUUUUAUUUUUCUCAGUCUUUUCAGCAACCUCUUCCUUGGGAUCAAUGUCCUUUGGUGAAAAAUGCUUCACACACUUUUGUAGAGCCAGAAUGUGAAAAAAGUUCCGCCACCACCUAUUACUGGUACAGAGAAGCCCUGAAUAUUUCCAGUUCCAUUUCUGAAAGUGGGGGCUUAAACUGGAAGAUGACCGUCUGCUUGCUGGCUGCCUGGGUUGUGGUUUGCUUGGCUAUGAUAAAAGGCAUUCAAUCUUCUGGAAAAAUCAUGUACUUUAGUUCUCUUUUCCCGUAUGUGGUACUUAUAUGCUUCCUAAUCAGAGCACUCCUUUUAAAUGGUUCAGUUGAUGGCAUCCGCCACAUGUUUACCCCUAAGCUUGAAAUGAUGCUGGAACCCAAGGUCUGGAGAGAAGCUGCUACUCAGGUGUUCUUUGCCUUAGGUCUGGGAUUUGGUGGUGUCAUCGCCUUUUCAAGCUACAACAAAAGAGACAACAACUGCCACUUUGAUGCUAUCCUGGUGUCCUUCAUUAAUUUUUUUACAUCUGUCCUGGCAACACUGGUGGUGUUUGCGGUUCUGGGCUUUAAAGCAAAUGUCAUAAGUGAGAAAUGCAUAGCAGAAAAUUCGAAGGUGAUCAUAAAACUUUUGAAAAUGGGCGACAUUAGUCGGGAUAUUAUUCCUCACCAUAUCAACCUUUCAGCUGUUACUGCCGAAGAUUAUCAUUUAGUUUAUGACAUCAUUCAAAAAGUGAAAGAAGAAGAAUUUUCUGCUCUUCAUCUUAAUUCCUGUCAAACCGAGGAUGAGCUAAAUAAAGCUGUUCAGGGGACUGGUUUAGCUUUCAUUGCCUUUACAGAAGCAAUGACACAUUUCCCUGCAUCCCCCUUCUGGUCAGUGAUGUUCUUCCUCAUGCUGGUAAAUCUAGGGCUUGGUAGCAUGUUUGGAACCAUUGAAGGGAUCAUCACACCUGUUGUGGAUACUUUCAAAGUGAGGAAAGAAAUUCUUACUGUUAUCUGUUGUUUUCUGGCAUUUUGUAUUGGCCUGAUAUUUGUGCAACGCUCUGGAAAUUACUUCGUUACAAUGUUUGAUGAUUAUUCUGCUACACUCCCUCUGCUAAUUGUAGUCAUUUUGGAGAAUAUUGCUGUAUCCUUUGUUUAUGGCAUAGAUAAAUUUAUGGAAGACCUGAAAGAUAUGCUGGGGUUUGCUCCCAACAGAUAUUACUACUAUAUGUGGAAAUAUAUUUCUCCUCUAAUGCUAUUAUCACUGCUAAUAGCUAGUGUUGUGAAUAUGGGAUUAAGUCCUCCUGGCUAUAAUGCAUGGAUUGAAGAUAAGGCAUCUGAAGAAUUUCUGAGCUACCCAACGUGGGGACUGGUUGUCUGUAUCUUACUGAUGGUCCUGGCAAUACUCCCUGUCCCAGCUGUCUUUAUCAUUCGUCACUGCAACCUAAUAGACAAUAGUUCUGGUAAUUUAGCAUCUGUGACCUAUAAGAGAGGAAGGGUCCUGAAAGAGCCUGUAAACUUAGAGGGCGAUGAUGCAAGCCUCAUUCAUGGAAAGAUAUCCAGUGAGAUGUCAUCUCCAAAUUUUGGUAAAAAUAUUUAUCGAAAACAGAGUGGAUCACCAACUCUGGAUACUGCUCCCAAUGGACGAUACGGAAUAGGGUACUUGAUGGCAGAUAUGCCAGAUAUGCCAGAAUCUGACUUGUAGCUGGAAGGAAAAUAUCAGUGGGUUCUAUUUGGUUCAUUUUUAUCAAUGAACAUUGGCUCUACUAAGAGAAGCAUUAGGCUUCACUUAUCAGAGGGUGAUCUCAGGUGUUCCUUGGCUGUGAUCUUUAAUCCUAAGUAUAUGUAAAUGCAACUAGAGCAUUCCUUCGGAUUCUUUGGUUUACAUUUGCGCAGAAAGAGUUACAGACAGAGCUUAUAGUUACUGAGGUCCAGGUUUGUCAGAAUUUUUAAAAAUACUUUUGGGUGUUUUUUCAAGCAUUUCUAUCUCAAA